AGAAGUCUUGUUUCUCGUUAUUUUUGUUCCACUUCAGCUACGAGGAGAAUGCAGUUCAACGCAUACAAGUUUUGUUAGAUGUGAUAUUGAUUCCAGGACUAAACUAAAACAUAACUUGUCAAAAAGGAGGCGUCCAGACGUUCAUUUCGUCUUGCGGAUAAAACAAGUUUACAAAAAUGCUGAGUGAUAAGGAGAGAGACGCUUUUCGGAACGUCAGUCAAAAGCCGGGCUUGCAAAUAUGGACCAUCAAUAAAAUGCAAAUGGUUUCCGUUCCAUCCAGAGCCUUUGGUAACUUCUUCGAAGGAGACUGUUACAUUGUUCUAAACAUAAGUAAGAAUCAGGGCUCGGGGGAGUCCAUUGACAUCCACUACUGGAUAGGUAACUCCUCGUCUCAGGAUGAGCAAGCUGCUGCAGCCAUCUACAUCACCCAGCUGGACGAGUAUCUGGGUGGGAACCCAGUGCAGCACAGAGAAAUGCAGAGCUUCGAAUCACCACAGUUCAGGAGCUACUUUAAAUCUGGCCUGAUCUACAAGAAGGGUGGCGUGGCCUCGGGUUUCAACCAUGUUGACACGAACGUCUACAAUGUCCGACGACUGCUGCAGGUUAAAGGGAGGAAGCAUGUCAUGGCAACAGAGGUUGAGGUGUCAUGGAACAGCUUUAACAAUGGCGACGUCUUUCUCCUGGACAUCGGGAAAACGAUUGUGCAGUGGAACGGCCCUGAGAGCAACCGGAGAGAGAGCCUCAAGGCAGUCCUGUUGGCUCAGGACAUCCGGGACAGGGAGCGAGGAGGCCGCACUGAGAUCUCUGUGGUGGAGGGAGGACGUGAGAAAGACACGCCAGAGCUGAUGAAUCUAAUGACCGCAACGCUCGGCCCGAAGCCCAGCCAGCUGAAGAAAGCUGUUCCGGAUGACAUCCACGACCAGACGCAGGCCAGCAAUGUCAAACUCUACCACGUUUUUGAUGACAGCGGGAACAUGGUGAUCAAAGAAGUGGCCACGGAGCCUCUAACACAAGAUCUGCUUCGCUCCUGCGACUGUUACAUUUUAGACCACAAAGGCUCCAAUGUGAUGGUCUGGAAGGGCAAAAAGGCCUCAAAGGAGGAGAGACAAAAAGCUUUGAACACAGCGGUGGGUUUUAUUAAAGCCAAAAACUAUCCGUCCAGCACCCCUGUGGACGUGAUGUCUGAGGGGGGAGAGUCAGCGAUGUUCAAGCAGCUGUUUAAAUCCUGGAAAGAAAAGGGGCAAAUCAAGGGUCUGGGCAGCACCCACACUGUUGGAAAAAUAGCUAAGGUUGAGCAGGUGAAGUUCGACGUAAUGGAGCUCCACGCCCGGCCUGAACUGGCAGCACAGCAACACAUGGUGGACGACGGUUCAGGAGAAGUUAAAGUGUGGCGCAUUGAGAGUUUGGAACUGGCUGAAGUGAAGCCAAAUCUGUAUGGGCAGUUUUAUGGAGGAGACUGCUACUUGGUGCUGUACACGUAUCAAGUAUCAAACAAAAAGCAAUACAUACUCUACAUGUGGCAGGGUCGUCACGCUACGAAGGACGAGAUCACGGCGUGCGCCUAUCAGGCCGUCACUGUUGACAACAUGUACAAUGGAGCCCCUGUCCAGGUUCGAGUGGUCAUGGGAAAGGAGCCGCGCCACUUCCUGGCUAUAUUCAAAGGCAAACUCAUCAUUUUCGAGGGCGGAACAGGUCGACCUGGCGUAGUUAGUCCUCAAACCAGUUCCAGGCUCUUCCAGGUGAGAGGAACUACAGAGAUGAACACGAAGGCCAUCGAAGUGCCGGCAAGGGCCUCAUCGCUGAACAGCAAUGACGUGUUCGUGUUGAGCGCCGUUCAGAAAUGCUACCUGUGGUACGGAAAGGGUUGCAGCGGGGAUGAGAGGAUGAUGGCGACAGAAGUGUGUGAUCUGCUGUUCAAGCAGUAUAAGGAGGUGGUGAUGGAGGGCCAGGAGCCAGCUGAUUUCUGGGUAGCUUUGGGGGGAAAGGCUCCCUACGCCAGUGACAGGAGGUUGGAGAGGGAGGAGCUGCUUCACAGUCCCCGUCUGUUUGAGUGCUCCAAUCAGACGGGUCAGUUCAGGAUGACCGAGGUUUACAACUUCGACCAGAACGACCUGGACGAAGAGGACGUCAUGCUGCUGGACACCUGGGAGGAGAUUUUCCUGUGGGUUGGAAUCUCAGCCAAUGAGUACGAGAUCAAAGAGUCCAUGAACAGCGCUCAAGAGUACUUGAGGAGCCACCCGGCAGGCCGUGACCCCGACGCCCCCAUCAUCACCGUCAAGCAGGGAAAUGAGCCGCUUACCUUCACCGGCUGGUUUACAGCGUGGGAUCCUUUUAAGUGGAGCGACCUGAAUAACUCGAGUAAAAGACCUGCUGUGAUGGAUGAGAGUGGUUAUAGGGCUCCUGGAGGACCUGGUUCUUCAGUUCCGGUGAAUAAAGCCCACGGAGGGGAUUUGUCACAUAAACCCUCCACUCCCACAUCCAGCCAUAAAGCCCUGCUCCCAUCAGGAGGUGGCAGUGGGAUGUGUCUGGACCCUGAAAUUCUUAUCAACACACCUGCCGAAGAGCUUCCAGAGGGAGUGAACCCCAGUCAGAGAGAGGACUACCUGUCUGAUGUGGACUUUGAGAAGCUGCUCACCGUCACUCGCUCAGACUUUCUAGGCAUGCCCAAAUGGCGUCAGAUUGAUCUGAAGAAGAAAGCCGGACUUUUCUGAGAAGGAUUAACAGAAGAGCUGCCAAACCAGUCUCAAUGUGGUACUGGGAAAUCCAAACCAGAAACUGCCUGUUAACAAAGCAACAGUUCAGCAAAAAUAAUGUUUUUAAUGUUUUAACAAUUACAAAUGUUGCAUUUAAUCAUCCGUUUAACAUGACUGACUCAUUGUUUUAUGUAUUGUAAGUUGCAAAUAUGAGUAAUUUUAAAUAUUUUAUGUAGAUCAUAUUUCAUCUGCUUUGGAAUCAUAAAUAAAUAAAGACAUGAAGCCAAGAGUAAA